UUUUGUAUUUUUCUUUUCCUUUUGUAUUUUAGUGGCCGGACAAGAACUGUCUGUAGAUUCACUCUCUCAGCUGUAGUCACUGUUUGGGAUCAUGGCAGCGGGUGUAGCAGCUUGGUUACCCUUUGCCAGGGCAGCAGCCAUAGGAUGGAUGCCAGUGGCCACAGGUCCCAUGCCAGCUGCUCCACGGCAGGAGAGGAAGCGAAGCCAAGACUCUCUGAUUGUGCUGAAUGUGAGUGGCAUCCAGUUCCAGACAUGGCUGGACACCUUGGAGCGCUACCCUGACACUCUGCUGGGCAGUUCGGAGCGGGACUUCUUUUACCACCCUGAGACACAGCAGUACUUUUUCGAUCGGGACCCUGACAUUUUCCGUCACAUUCUCAACUUCUACCGUACUGGGAAGCUCCAUUACCCCCGCCAGGAGUGCAUCUCUGCUUACGAUGAGGAGCUGGCCUUUUUUGGCAUCAUCCCGGAGAUCAUUGGUGACUGCUGUUAUGAGGAGUACAAGGAUCGCCGUCGUGAGAACGCUGAGCGCCUGCAGGACGAUGCUGACCAGGACCACGCAGCUGAGAGCUCCCUGCCCUCAAUGACAGCUCGGCAGAGGAUGUGGCGGGCCUUUGAAAACCCACACACCAGUACGCUGGCUCUAGUCUUCUACUAUGUCACUGGUUUCUUUAUUGCUGUCUCUGUUAUUGCCAAUGUGGUGGAGACAGUGCCCUGCGGGGUGAGCCCGGGUCGCAUCAAGGAGCUGCCCUGUGGAGAGCGCUAUGCCGUGGCUUUCUUCUGUCUGGAUACUGCUUGUGUCAUGAUCUUCACAGUUGAAUAUCUCCUACGCCUGCUGGCAGCUCCGAGUCGCUACAAAUUCGUGCGCAGCGUCAUGAGUAUCAUUGAUGUGGUAGCUAUCAUGCCAUAUUACAUUGGCCUGGUGAUGACAGAUAAUGAGGACGUCAGUGGGGCUUUUGUGACACUAAGAGUCUUUCGUGUCUUCAGGAUCUUUAAGUUUUCCCGCCACUCGCAGGGGCUGCGCAUCCUGGGCUACACCCUCAAAAGCUGUGCCUCGGAGUUAGGCUUCCUCCUCUUCUCACUUACUAUGGCCAUCAUAAUCUUUGCCACAGUCAUGUACUAUGCAGAGAAAGGUUCAUCAGCCAGCAAGUUCACCAGCAUCCCCGCAGCCUUCUGGUACACCAUUGUCACCAUGACAACACUGGGAUAUGGUGACAUGGUGCCGAAGACAAUAGCUGGCAAGAUUUUUGGUUCAAUAUGCUCCUUAAGUGGGGUCUUAGUGAUUGCUCUGCCAGUUCCUGUAAUUGUCUCCAACUUCAGCCGUAUCUACCACCAGAACCAACGAGCAGACAAGCGGAGGGCACAAAAGGUUGACUCUCUGGGGAAUCUGACUAUUGGGAACUUGUCUCCUUAG